AUGUGGUGGCCCUUCAAGAAUCAUCAUGGUCCUCCUCCGGAUCCUAUGGACUGGCUUCCUACCACUCCUCCUCAGUCGCCCAGUCCCUACCCUCUCAACUACCUUCCGGGCGGUUGGCCUCUCGAAUUUCCGCCGCCCGUCUUUCGCCGACCUGCCGAACCGGACGCCUUCCUUCCGAAAGCAAAGCGAGUUUGUCGCGGAAUUGGCCGUGCAGGCGCAAAAUCCGCAAAAGUCGCAACCUCCAUCGGAUCUGGCGCUGCUCGACUGGGAGCGCGCGCAGUAUCACACACGACCAAGACUGCAGCUCGCCUUGCAGCCAGAAGCACGAUCUACUCAGUGAAACUCACCGCCAAUUUUGCAGCCCAUAGCUCGGUUUCUGUCAUCCGAGCCUACAACCGCCGCAACCCACGGCAACCUCGUGCUUGGACCGCAUCCGGCGUCCCGUACCAUCGCGUUGACGGCUACGACUCUCCACGAUUUAGCAAGCUUCGCACAGAAAAUAAUCCGAUUCCACUCGCCCGCCAGGAUUGGGUACAGACGUACGAAGGCAGCUCCGCUGUCUACGAGAUGGUUGACACCGGACGCUACCCACACACUUUCAAGACUAAACUCAUGAAAGACGCCGAGUUAGCGAGACAGGCCGAAAUGUACAGAGAACGUUCCAUUGAAGCCAAAUUAUGGCGAGCAAAGUACGAGAACAAUCCUUUCAUGGAUGUGCCCUUCGACAGCCCAUGGGAAGAAGAUCACACCGAGCAUGGUGAUCAACUACAGAGAGAGCUUGCAAAGGCAGUUCCCAAAUCCCCACCAAAGCCCAUACAGGCUCACAGCCAUGAUAGCCCUGCCAGCCCGAUGUCUCUAGCACUCGAGCAGGCCCGCAAGGUUCGCUAUACAAAAGAACGAAUGUUCAGUGGCUCAGGCGUUGCCUCCAGAGCGGUUGCGAGAUGGGAAGCCGAAAAGAGAAUCCGCUCCGAGAGAGCUGCAGCAAAGACGCACGCAAAAGAACAAUCGCAGAACAGUCUCGCCAUAAACGGUGAAUUGAACAAUUCGAAGGCAUCGGUUCCACCCUCCACUGCCCAAACCGAGGAGACACCGCCCACCGGCACAGCACGCUCGGACGAUGACCUCAUGGAUAUCUCUUAUGAUAGCCCUAGAACUCCCGACCAUUCGCAGACCAAGAGAAAGUCUGUUACCGACACCACCGACAUCUCGUCUACUUGCGACUUCAGUCCCCUCGAAACCCCUCUCGCAUUCAAGAGAGACGCUCACAAACAGAUAUCAAGCUAUCCCACAUCCACCAGCAGUCUUGAAAACUUGCCCAGUUCCUCGGACCCUUCCGGAUCCCAGAAUGCGGACCAGCAGAUUGUCUCUCCCACCGAGCCAGAGCUUCCUCGACGCCCUAGCACCGCUGGAUCAGAAACUUCUUCUUCUUCCACCACCGAAUUCACUACGACUUUACGAUUAUUCCACAUCGCAUCAGCAGACGACGCCGUUGGUUCAUCAUCUAUCACCCCUAAGGUAGCACAGAAAGCGCCUCCAUCCCGCAUUUCAUCAAGCGGAGUGGCUAAGAUUCCAGGAGGAUGGGACGAUGAUGAAACCACUGUUGAUGACUACGAUGAAGAGAAGGCUAGAUAUGAUGCUAGCCAUGCAGCACGGCGCUCUCUCAGGCAUAGGAAGCAGUCAAAGGACGAGGAAACCAAGACCGAAGAAGUCAGAUCCCCCGUAUCAAAGAAGAGCGGCACACCUGUCAAGACGCCCAGACACAGCAAGACCAAGGGCAAGAUCAUCGAAACAAUUCAAGAGAAGCAGGAGCGUGUUCGCAGAGCCGCUGAACAGUUCAAAAUCUCCGCCCUGUCUGCCGAAUGGCAAGAUAAGGCGCAACACGCACUCGAGCACGGCACCAGCACUUUGAAGGCCGGUGAUUUUGCACGAGUUCUCCCAACUGGUGGCCAGAGUGCUUGGCUGAACGACGAGACCAUCAAUUCAUAUCUCAGCAUCGUCGCAGCUCAUGGCCAGAAUCAUCUCGGAGGUGGGAAGUUUGGAACAAUCACCCACCACGCAUUUAAUUCCUUCUUCUACACCAAUCUCGUCACACCGGGCAAAGGCCCCCAGUUUCUACAGCGCUGGGCAAAGCGCGCCAGAAUUGGCGGCAAGAACCUCCUGAACAUGCACAACGUUUACAUCCCAAUCAACUCGAGCUCCCACUGGACGUUGUGCGUUGUCUCCGGGGUCGACAGAACAAUCACAUACUACGACUCCUUGAAUGGGAGUGGCACCGCCAAGAUGGCGGAGGUGAUGAAAUGGGUGAAGAUGGAGCUAGGAGAAGACUUUGUGGAAAGCGAGUGGAGGAUGGUCAAGGGGGAGAGUGGCCAACAGGCCAACAUGGACGACUGCGGGGUGUUUACGGUCACCAACGCGCGCUCGCUGAUGCUGGGCCACGAGCCCAAGAAGGCCUUUGGCCCAGCAUUGGCGAGCGUGCAGCGGGAGAGGAUCGUGGCAGAGUUGGUGAAUGGGGCGCUGUUGCCGAUGGGUUCGUGA